AUGUUUAAUGGAUAAGAAUUGGACCCAGAGAGUUAAAACAGUGAGACACAAGAGAGAGAGACUUGUGUGACACCUCACCCAUGGCUGCGAAAACACCUGUUUAGGAUCCUUUUCUUUAUAUAAUAGCCCACAAAACGAUCAAAACUUUUUUUUUCAUACAUCUCACUUGCAAACUUUUUCUUCUUCUUCUCCUGUCUUGUCUUGAAAAGAAAAGUAAAAUAAAAAUGGCGACUUUGGAGGAAAGCUCUGAUAUGGAUGUUAUACUACAGAAACAUCUGUUUGACGACUUGAUGAUCCCUGAUGAUUUUAUUGAAGAUUUUGUCUUUGAUGAUACUGUUUUUGUCUCAGGACUCUGGUCUCUAGAGCCCUUUAACCAACCAGUUCCUAAACUGGAACCUAGUUCCCCUGUUCUUGAUCCAGAUUCCUAUGUCCAAGAGUUUCUGCAAGUGGAAGCAGAAUCAUCAUCAUCAUCAUCAUCAUCAUCAAUAACGUCACCUGAGGUUGAGACUGUCUCGAACUGGGAAAAAACAAAGAGGUUUGAAGAGACGACGAGACAUUACAGAGGUGUGCGAAGGAGGCCAUGGGGGAAAUUUGCAGCAGAGAUUCGAGAUCCGGCCAAGAAAGGAUCCAGGAUUUGGUUGGGCACUUUUGAGAGUGAUAUUGAUGCUGCAAGGGCUUAUGACUAUGCAGCUUUUAAGCUCAGGGGACGAAAAGCUGUGCUCAACUUUCCUUUGGAUGCUGGAAAGUAUGAUGCUCCGGUCAAUUCAUGCCGGAAGAGGAGGAGAAGCGAUGUACCACAGCCUCGAGGAACAAGAACGAGUACUUCAUCAUCGUCAUCAAACUAAUGGGAGUAGUGAUGUUUUAUUAGUAUAUAUAUAUAGGUUAAUAUCGUAAGUAUGUGAAGCAUCUUGUAUAGAGCCAAGAAAAUAUUAGAUUAGUGUACUGAAUAAAAAAACAACUCUUGCAAAUUAUGUACUAAAGAGUUCCUGUAACAAUGGAACCUUGUCUGUUUUCUCAUGUCUUAAAUAGCUUAAGGUUCUAGAAGCAAAGUUCUUGUUCCAAA